AUCCUUCCCAAAGCAGAACAUAGGACGUCUAGGUUUAUACGUUACACUCCACCCGAAUUGCUGAUCAGAGACGGAAUUGAAUGUGAUAUGGGCGGUGAUAUUUGGUCCUUCGCAUGCACAUCGCUGGAGAUACUUCGAGGAGAACCUCCAUACAAGGCUACUUGGGACGACUUGCUUGUUCCACGUGUAGCCAUGAAACACGUUUCCCCAUACGAAUGGGCGGACUCAGAUGAUGUAGAGCGUGUUCUGAUGGGAUGUCUGGAAUAUGAACCCGAUAGACGACCUGCCAUUGACGAAGUUGAUGCACGACUAAACUACCGGGGAACUUUCAUUCCCCAUUCACGCAGACAUAAAACGUGAACUUAUGCAAGAAGAUGAACGGAACCUCACCGGAAAGAUACAAUCCGAGCAACUACUAGCACUUGAAGGACGAUUCUCGUCCCCGUAUAAGGGGACUUAUAAAGGCAAGCCAGUCUGCAUC